CAUUUAUUGAAGAAAAUUUGAUUUGUAAGCCAAAAUUCCUUCUGAAAUCAACAUACGUGUUCGGUUUGUAUUGGACAGUAGCUCACAACACUCCCCAAUCCAAGUUGAAUUGAUUUCAAUUUGGUUUUCGACUUCAAAAUCACUGGCUAAUGGAUUUUAUCUCUUAUACUCUUCUUGGUGGUUUGUAGCCAAAGAAGAAAAAAUAAAAUGGCAGAAAUUGCCGUUUUCGCCGCUAAAGCAGUUCUCAAACAAACUAUACUAGUAUUGGGCAAUCUAGCUGUCCAAGAAGGUUGUCGCAUGUCAAAGUUGAAGGAAGACAUGGAGUGGAUCGAAAAUGAGAUGAGUUAUAUCCAAGCAUACCUAGAAGAUGUUGAUGAUGCUAAUGGCGAGCAAAGCGAAAGCAGAGUGGAAGCCACCUUGCUGACCAAUAUUAGAGUCCUAGCUUUCGAUGUAGAGGACUUUGUGGAGACUUACUUUCCUCGUAUAGGAUCAUUAUACGAGAGGACAGGGUGCUUGGGAAGUUGUCUUAAGAGUGCCACUUGUGUUUUAUGCCAUGGCUUUGCAAUUCAUAACCUUGUUGUAGAGAUUGAAGCGAUCAGAAGAAGGGUUGAAAAUAUUGCUCGCGUUAGAAAUGCUUAUGGAACCAAUAAUAGUACCAACAACAGUGGAAGAAACAUAUGGGAGAAAAGAAGGCAUUUCCUUCAUCAUGAUGAACCAAUUGUAGUUGGUUUUGAUGAACAUAUCAAAACAUUGAUGGCUAGAGUGAUUAAUCCUGAUUUGAAACGUCAUGUGGUCUCAAUAGCUGGUAUGCCAGGACUAGGCAAGACGACUCUUGCUAAGAAAGUUUUUGAUUCGGUUGUAAAUGAUGAUGACUAUAAUUUUCACCAUCGCUUUCAGUGUUCAGCGAAGGUUUAUGCUUCUCAAAGGCCCAAUGUAAAACAUCUCUUGCAAGACAUAGCAAAACAAGUGGGCUUGGCGAAGGAGAAGUGGGAAGAGAAUGUGGAGGCCAAUCUUUCUGCAUAUUUGAAGGGCAAAAGGUAUGUAAUCUUGAUUGAUGAUAUAUGGGACACCCAAACAUGGGAUGAUCUUGAAAAUGGCAUUCCUAAAAAUUGUAAAAAUGGUAGCAGAAUAAUCAUCACUUCUCGAAACAGAGAAGUGGGCUUGUCCAUAUGUGGGGUUAGCUUUCUAUACGAGCUACAACCCUUGAAGCCAAAUGAAAGUUGGAACCUUUUUUCUAUGAUGGUCAUGGACCCUCUGGAAAUUACCACCGACACGAUUGAGUUCCAAGAGUUAGAACCUCUUGGUAGGAAAAUUGUAGAAAGAUGUGGUUUUGUACCACUUGCUAUUGUGGUAGUAGCUGGUUUGCUACUUCGUAAAGAGAAAACUGAACAUGCGUGGAAGGGAGUACUUGACAACAUGGGUCAAGACGAUGAUAUGUGUUCAAAAAUCUUGGCUUUGAGUUACAAAGAUUUGCCCAUUCAUUUAAAACCAUGCUUUCUCUAUUUUGGGCUUUUUCCAGAGGAUUAUGAGAUCUUUGCAUUCGAAUUAAUUAACUUAUGGGUGGCGGAGGGAUUUGUACAAGAAAAAGGACAGCGCACGCCUGAGGAUGUGGGGGAAGAUUACCUUGAUCAUUUGGUUGCUAGGAACAUGGUUCAAGUUGCUAGGAGGAGAUACGAUGGGAGGAUUAGAACUUGUCGUAUUCAUGAUCUUCUGCACAGUUUAUGCAUUAGGGUGGCCACCGAGUGUAACUUCUUUAACCCUCACAACGAUGUAACUGCCAUUAAUUCUGCACAGAAAGUUCGUAGUCACAAACUACCGUAAUAGUGUUAGGGAAUACAUUUCUUCUAAUCUUCAAACUCCAAAGCUUCGUACCAUGCUAUCUUUUCUUGGAAAAGACUGGAGCUCACCUAGCAGGAAACAAGUUAAGGAAUUUUUUAAAGGCUCUAGAUUUCUUCGAGUGCUAAGCGUAGAUGGCCAUGGCUUUUCAUUCCCUCUUCCAAAUGAAAUUGGCAAUUUGAGGCGCUUAAAUUACUUUGGAUUCAAAAAUCACUUUGUCAAAUUUCCCUCAUCCGUAGGCAAAUUAAAAAAUUUAAUGACCUUGGAUGUGCGAAGUUAUCGUAUCCAUAUUCCAAGUGUUAUUUGGAGGAUGAAACAAUUGAGGCAUAUUCUCUUAUACAAAGAAUCUAAUCUACAGCCUCGAGGUUGUCUUCACAUGGUCAGCAAAUGUAGUUUCCAUAAAAAUGGAGUUUCUUUGCCUAAUCUCCAAACCCUGUAUGUGGUGCCUCGGCAAGUUCUAAAGGCUAAAUGGCUGCCCAACUUUCCUAAUUUGAGAAAGUUAGGAAUCUCUUAUGUGACGGAGCCAAUUAUCGAGGUAUUAUCAAAUGAAGCACCAGUGUCAAACAAGCUAGAAAACUUGCGGUUGUGGAACAUUUUGGGCGAUUCAGAAGUAAAUCUAACAAAACUAAAUCUGUCUCGAUAUGAAAUUCUGAGAAAGUUGCAUCUGCAAAUAUACAUGAAGAGGUUGCCGGAACAUGGUAAACUGCCUCCAAACCUUAUCAAGCUUACACUUGUGUGUACUUUCUUGGACGAGGACCCAUUGGUGACACUCAAGGAACUGCCUAAAUUGAGGAUCCUCAAAUUGGGUUUUAAGUCCUACAAGGGGAGGAAGAUGGUGUGCUCAGGAGGAUCGAAUAAAUUUCCUCAGCUCGAAGUAUUGGAAAUUGUUAUGUUAUCGCUAAACGAGCUGGUAGUGGAAGUUGAUGCAAUGCCAAGACUUAAUAAGCUAAGGUACGAUUUUAUCCGCGUACUAACGAUUCCAAAGAGGAUCUUAAACAUUACGAUUGCCAGACGAAAAGGUGGAUGACUUAGGUGAAUGCAAACAUCCAACAAAAGCAUAUGUACAGAGAGACAGAUGAGUGUGCAGCUAAGUUGGAUAGCUAGAGGAGAAGUUAGGGAAAUCACAAAAAAGCAUAUAAUACUAUGAUGCCUACUUUUUUAUUAUACAUCAUUUCAUUGGUAAUAGACAAGUGUGGCACUAUGUCUAUUACCAAUCCAGUGAUGUCACAGUAAACAAAAUAUAGUCUGUUUGUGUGCUUGUAAAUAUACAAUUUUGUUAAUAAUGUCGUGAUACUGUAUUUGUGUAUCAUAUUUUUUUAACCAUGUAAUGUAUCAUCAUCGUAUUUGUAGCAGAUAUGAGUAGUAAGACCGAUUAAACCAAUGCAAUAAUAACAUAUAGGAUGAUAGAUAUGGUAUGA